AUGGGAGCAAGACGAAAUCCUUCGCUUGAAAGAGCGCGCGCAGGCCAAGGCGAGAACGUCCCUGGCGAGAACCCCGGAUUCUCGUUGGAUACUUUGAUGGGAAUUGCCCAAAAGGGAGCCAAAGACAUGGGGGGGAAGACCCUUUCGGUUGGCGUCCAGAGUGAAUCUUUUGCCGUGAUGACAAUGGCGCACGGGUUGGAGCCAACACUAGGCGGAAGCGGACCUCUGGAAGGGUGGCGUUUACGGAUGGUUCUACGGCUUCUCGUCGUUUCUUCGGGACGACAGCUCUAUCCGUCAUUUUUCGAGCCGCGCCACAAAUGCAACCUCUACAUAGUAGCCUGCACUCUCCAGGUUGUUGAUGCAGGUGUUGAUGGUGCUGGUCCUGGUGCUGUCGGUACAUGGCAGUACAAACUCCGUUCAGACGAAGGACGCGUGACAGGGGUCUGUGUGGCAGCAGAAGAGCUUGGAGAAGAAGAACCCGACAGAGAGACUUCAUUAGAGACGGAGGUUGCCUUCGGUUCCAUGAUGCUUAUGCUCUCUGGCGGAAGGUACAUCCCUCAGCUAACUACCAUGUCCCCUCCACUAUAUCCCAUGGACACUGAACAGCCUCAUCCCUCCGGCAAGAUCAUCAAAACUAGUGCUACAUUCAUCACCAAGCUGUUGGUUAUUUCAGUCUCUUUGCAUCAAGUCAAUCAGCGUACCUCGCUCUGA